CGCCUGCAUCCUAUCUGACCAAAAAAAUUUCCAAAAUGUUCAGCAAACCCAAAACCCCCACUCCACUCACACAUACCUCAAUGCCUCUCAUAUAAACAAAGAGAGAAGACACGAAUUCCUACGCGCGCCAGCAUACCGGCAAACAUUGCAGCGCCGAAAGGACCAAGCAAAGCCUCAAAAUGGUCCCGCCACCCUCACCUCCGAAACCCCCUUCGACAACGCCAUCGCAUCCACCACAUAAGGCAUCAUCACCCUCCUCCUCACAUGCCCAACCACACCCGCCAAUAUCCAUCCUCUCCUCCGCUCUCGCCCGAUCAUACGCGCACAUUCACCCGCUCCUCCUCCUUUCUUGUUUUGCGUUGAGCUUCCGUGCCCUCGUCGAUGAUCCGGUUUCAACGUUGCUGGGUUCGCUUGCGCCGUUGGCGCUGAUGCAGGGGAUUUAUGUGAUUGUUUGCUUGCCUGCUGCUACCGGUGGUGGCAGUGCGGGGGAUGGCGGGCUGGGGAAGGGGAGGAAUGCUAGUGGAGGAGGUAGCGGGAAGACUGGAGCGAAGAAGCGGCUGGGGGGCUCGAAGAUUAUCCCGGCCCUCCUCUCCAUAACCCUCCCCGUCAUCCUUGGUACCCCGUUCCUCUCAAUCUGCCUCAUUCUCUUCGGCGCCCCCUUCACAUCCAACCUCCCCGCCACCAUCCUUUGUGCCGCGCACAUGUCUAUUCUCUCUGGCACGAGUUUGAUAUACGUCCACGGCACCGACGGUGCUGUCUGGCAGGAGAUAUGGGGCAUAUCCCGCGCCAUUGAUGCCGUGUGGGGCGCUACUGUGGGUGUAGGCUUAGGCGCAUGGUUCGGUGCAGUACCCAUUCCGUUGGAUUGGGACCGCCCAUGGCAGACUUAUCCUAUCACUAUUAUUACUGGGGCAUAUAUUGGGUAUGUUUUGGGUUAUAUGGUUGGGCGAACGCCGUUGUUGUAUGGGAAGCGGAUUCAAUUUUCGGUCCCCGAAGAAGAGGGGGAUGUGGAGGACAGUGUUUUUGAUGAAAAUGGGAAUGAAGUGGUUGGGCUGAGAGCCGAGAAGAAGAAGAAGAAGUAAAUGGAUUUCCCGUCCACAUCCUUUCGUUUUCAUUUGUCCCUGUUUCGCACAGCAUAUUUCUGGCGGUGAUUGGAGCUGGAACUUCCUCUGCCAUGUCCAUUUAAACCAUAUAUAAUUUUUUACUUUCCUUUUUGAGGUUUUAUUCCUUGGAGCAUAUUAAAUAUUAGAUGUCAAUAUUGGACAUAUCACCUACGCAAAUUCCCGGGUCCCGCUGGAUGCGGUCUUGCCUACUUCCACCCUAAGAGUUGAGGCCAAGCCGGGACUUGAACCUGUAAUGUCCAAUAAGUAUGUCGCCAUCUUUUUAUACACCAAUUCUAAAUUGUGAUUCCCAUGAUGGAGAGGUUCACCUGUGUGUAAUCGACAUGGGCAUAUCAUGG